AUGUUGGCUCAGGCAGCGGAUGAGAAGGUAGUGUCCGAAUCAUUUCAGCUUGAUUUUUCUCCGAUAACGGUUCAACCGGCGACAGACCCAAGGCUAGGGACGCUGCAAGCACCAAACAUAGUGCUUCCAGACAAUCGCCAACAGGUUGAUACUAGUAAGAGGGCAAGGGACAGGGAGGACUCUGCUUUCAAGCGACCCCGGCGGUGGGGUGUACAAUUACAACGGAACGCAAUUGCUGAUACAGGGGAUCGAUUCUUCAUCCACCCCUCUCACCCCUCUCGGGUUCCGACGAAUGGCACAGCAGCGUGGUGGCCUAAUACACGGCGCACUAUCCGGCCAGUAGUAGGGGUGGAACCGACCUUCCAACAGUCGAUGUUAAAACCUAAUGCAUCUUCUAUCCCACAACUGCUGGCCGAUUAUUGA